UUUUUAUUUUUCGAGUAAAUGGUCACUCUAAUCCGCAAACUGUUGGAUAAAAGCGCCGGAAACAAAUUAACCAAACACUAUGCGAGUCCGGUGGCCAGGGACAGUGUCCCUGGCGUUUCUACUGCUGCUCCUAAUCCUCUUCCAGCUAACGGCCGCCUACCGCAACAAGUCUACCGUCCUAACGAGGAAAAUCCACCGUCGCCGGGAUGCUACCUGUUCGAGGCACUUGAUCCAGGAGCUUCUGCCGCUGCCUGACACCUGUCCGCCGGCAGUACUUCGUCUACGAGGCGUCGUUUACAUCCUGUACGACGUGAAUCUCUCCGAGGGCUUCAAUCUCCGACGUGACGUAUACAUUCGCAUGGCAGUUUUCGUGCGGCGCCUACGGCACAAGGAACGCUUCCGAAACGUGCGCCUAGUACUGCCCCCCUGGCCUCGACUUUAUCACUGGAACUCACAGGGCCUGCGGCAGAGCAAUCUGCCCUGGAGCCACUUCUUUGAUGUAGAGAGUCUUCGCCGCUAUGCCCCGGUUCUGGACUAUGAGGAGUUUUUGGCCGAGCAGCGCCUGUUUGGCAGCCCAGGCGCUCCCUUGGUGCACGUAGCACACGCAUUCCGCCUGCAGCAUUUCGACCAUAUGCUUGAGCAAGGAAUAUUUAGGGACAAGUUUGAACGUAUUACGGAUGCGCCAUGCAACGAGAGAUCCCUUUCCGGCGGACCCAUUCUCCAGCAACCGGAGUUGCGGGUAGAGCGUUUCCAUUGCGUCCGCUUCCAGGGCAGCGCCGGGCUGUUAGAGAAACUGCUCCGUGAGGCUAUUGCUGAGGACACAAGCGGACCCGAUGAUGCGGACGACAUGCGUACCUAUGCUGUGCUCUCGGCCGAGACAGUGCUCCACGACCACUGGGGCGACGAACACUUCUGGCUGGCUCGUCGUUCAAUGCGUUUUUCUCGGCGCCUCAGCACUGUUGCUGCCGAAUUCAGGAAACAGACUCUAACCACUAAGGAUGAGGAUACCGGAGUGCAGCGACCGGCCAUGUGGGAGCUGGAACGCCCAAAGCGAAAUGCCCGUGGCGGGGACUACCUUUGCGCCCAUCUGAGACGCGGCGAUUUUGUGCGGUCCCGAGAAGGGACCACUCCCACACUAAAAUCGGCUGCCCAACAGGCAAAGCAACUAAUGAGGGGCUUUAACCUCACCACCGUGUUCAUGGCCACCGAUGCUACUCCAUAUGAGCUGAUGGAGCUGAAGGAACUGUUCUACCGUUUCCGUUUCGUCCAUUUUACGCCGGAAUCAGAUGCCCAGCGGCGGGAGUUGAAGGACGGAGGUGUGGCCGUGGUGGACCAGCUAGUGUGUGCAUAUGCCCGGUACUUUGUGGGCACAUAUGAGAGCACAUUCACGUACCGUAUCUACGAAGAGCGGGAGAUUCUCGGGUUUCCGCAGUCGAGUACCUUCAACACCUUUUGCAGGGCGCUAGGAGGCGCCUGCUCCAGAAAUUCGGUUUGGCCUAUUGUUUGGGAUGAUGGCAGCGAGAUUGACUAUGAGGAGGAUGAUGAUUUGUACUGAAUUCUCGCUGUGUUAUCAAAUAUUGUACUAAGAAUCCGAUAGCUAUGGAGACUAUCUUCUCCAUCCUGCUAAGAUUACUCGAAUCCUAGUUGUAAGUUCACGUUUAUCAAAACUGCAACAAAUAUUCCAAACAACCUGCGAUUAUGUACCAAAAAAUAAAUCAAUAAUCUUUA